UGUAACAGCGAAUUUCCGCUCACGUCGCGGCGCUGAUGACGCUUCCUCCGCAGUUUCCGGUGCGCCUGCUGCUCUCCGCGUCCUGCUCGCCUCACACAGCUGAUAAUGUUGGGCAAAAUAAUCGGACAGAAAUACGUGUCUAUCGCGAAAACAUGGGUUCCCACGCUUGCGGUCUGGGGUGGAGUCGGAGGUGUUGCUCUCGUCCACUUCACAGACUGGAGAGUGAUCCUGGACUACGUUCCCUACAUCAACGGAAAGUUCAAGAAGGAUGAAUAGAUGCAGGUCAGUCUCGAUUUAGAUGGACUGAAGUUGGAGACGCUCUUCACUGCUGUUGAUAAUGAAACCAAUCUGUCGCAUGAAACGGACUACUUCAUCAGCGCUAACGAACAAUGUGAUAUUUAUUUUUUGGAGCGUUCGACCCAUUUUCCCCUCAUGAUUUUUCAGUGUGUAUUCGGUACUCAUGAAAAGAUCACAGACUCACAGUCAGAGUCAAAUGAUGUAUAAUAAAGAGGUGUUUUUGAUGUUUCUAUAAAGCUUCACCAUUUGUUUCCACUGUAAUUAUAUAAUUAAUGACGUCAUCAUGGACCUGAGCUCUGUUGUGUUCUCCAUGUCAUCUGCUCAGCGGCGGGUUUAAUGGUGGUGCUUGUUAAUAAAUUAAGAAAAUAA